AUGACAGUAAAAGUUGUAGAGAAUGAGGAGGUUGGGGUAAUUACUACACGCAGUGGGAUUCAACUUCCAGAAAUCACAAUCAAAAGACGGGAAAAAGUAAAUGAAAAAAUACCUUCCAUAGAUGAGGAGCAAGUGGAUAAAUCUGAACAGCUAGAUAAAGUAGUUUUAUAUCACGAGCUAGGAAAUCUACAGGUCAAGGCAACCUUUCCUAUUAAACCUUAUGUACCUCCGGUCCCAUUUCCGCAGAGAUUACAAAAGAGGAAGUUGAAAGAUCAAUUUCCAAGGUUCUUGGACAUCUUUAAGAAGCUUCAUGUCAAUAUCCCAUUGAUUGAAGUUUUAUCUCAAAUACCAAACUAUGCAAAAUUUUUGAAGGAGAUCCUAUCGAAAAAGAGAAAACUUACAGAUUUUGAGACCGUCAAGUUAAAUGAAGAGUGUAGAGCAAGUAUAAACUUAAUGCCUUUCGCUGUAUGCAGGAAAUUAGGAUUGGAAGAGCUAAAUGAUACAUCAAUCUCCCUUCAAUUGGCAGACAGAUCAAUUAAAUACCCACAAGAAGUGGUUGAGAACGUGCUCAUUAAAGUGGGCAACUUCAUAUUUUCCAUUGAUUUUGUUGUCCUAGAUAUAGAGGAGCCAUGGAAUGCAGCGUUACUUAUUUUGGGCAGAUCCGUUCUAUCAACAAGCUGA